AUGUAGAUUUAACACGUUUCCUCUUGUGUGAUGGUCGAGGCUGAUAACUAUUUGAUAAGCUGGUACAUUUCGACCAAAUUUAUCAUUAAUAUUUAUAGAAUAAUUCAAUUGACAGUGAUGAGCAAGUAGAAAGACAGAGACUCUGAAAUGUAACAGCCACUGCUUGAAGGGCAGCGAGACACCGAAUCCUCUCCUGAGGUGGCGAAUUAGUCAUUAGCUAAUGAAAUAAAGGGCAAGAAUCCCCUUCCUGCAGACUAUCAAUGGAUACUGGAGGAUCAUAAAGAAGCUGACUACUCAAAGAUAGAGGGAAGGAUCAAAAGUUAUAGUAAAAAGCUUUCUGAAAGAGAGGGAAGAGAAUUAAUGGUUAAGUAGGUCAUCAUGCUACCUCAGAGAGAUAUGAUCUUGGUAGACUACUAUUAUGAUAAAGAUUAGAGAAAUGAUUUCGUUGACGUCAUCGAUUUGAAUACAAUGGAGAUUAUCAAAACACAUUGCCUGUAGGCAGUUAAAAUAUUUUGCAGACACUUCAACCAUGUUGACUAUGUUUUUUACCAGCAAGAUUAGUUUUUAUACUUAAUGAAGCUUGAUGAUUUCAUUGAAUCAAACAAAGAUAAUCAAUUGGUUGAGUUUGAAUUUUAAGAAUGCAAGUGGCUCUGGAAUGUAGAAAUCAUAGAUGAAUCAGCAUCAUGA